GUCUCUUUCGUAUUUAAAGAGAAAAUGAGAAAUCUUAAAAAAAUUCAGCACCGCUGAGCCAAAGAAGCGUCUCUCUCUCUCUCUCUCUCUUUAUUUUUCUCAUUUCCAUUGGAGUUGAGAAUGGCUACUUCGACAAAAAUAACGCCGGGUCAGGUGUCUUUCUUACUUGGUUACAUCCCUAUUUUCGUAGUCUGGGUGUACUCUGAGCUAUUGCAGUACUGGAAAAGAAAAUACAGUUCAAAGCUUGGAAAACAUUAUGAUGCCGAUUUGGCUUGUCGGCAUCUUGCGCAUCCUAGGGAAGAUACUGAAACUCAUCUACUAGAGGGAGGUCUUGUACCCGAUUCUUCAGAAAACUGCAAAUUUUCACCCAUAGUCAGGCUCUUCUGUUUGGACAAGGAUUUUUUGAUUGAGAAUCGUUUUAUCUUGAGAACCAUGGUGGAAUUUGGAGCUCUUCUGCUGUACUAUUAUAUUUGCGACAGGACUGAUCUCUUUGGAGAAUCAACAAAGAAUUACAACAGGGACAUUUUUUUGUUCCUGUACUUCCUGCUCAUCAUUGUAGCUGCCAUGACUUCGUUUAAGGUCCAUCAUGAUGGAUCAACAUUUUCAGGAAAGCCCAUAAUGUAUUUGAAUAGGCAUCAGACCGAAGAGUGGAGGGGGUGGAUGCAGGUAUUGUUCCUGAUGUAUCACUAUUUUGCUGCAAAAGAAAUCUACAAUGCAGUCCGUAUCUUUAUUGCAGCAUAUGUGUGGAUGACUGGAUUUGGCAACUUCUCUUAUUAUUAUAUUCGAAAGGAUUUCAGCCUUGGACGGUUUGUUCAGAUGAUGUGGAGACUUAACUUCUUUGUUGCUUUUUGCUGCAUUGUCCUUAAUAACCAUUAUAUGCUCUAUUACAUCUGCCCAAUGCAUACGUUCUUCACUCUUAUUGUGUACUGCGCACUUGGAUUUCAGAACAAAUAUAAUGAUCGAAGUUCAGUCAUAGCAAUAAAAAUUGCUGUUUGUUUUCUAGUGAUAGUUUUGGUAUGGGAGAUACCUGGUGUAUUUGAUGUUGUAUGGAGUCCAUUUACAUUUCUCUUAGGCUAUGUUGAUCCAAGUGCAAUAACGAAGUAUCCACCCAUGCAUGAAUGGCAAUUUCGUGCUGGACUUGAUCGUUAUAUCUGGAUUGUGGGAAUGAUAUAUGCAUUUUACCAUCCAACUGUUGAGAGAUGGAUUGAAAAGCUUGAAGAAGCUGAAGUAAAACGGAGAAUGUUAAUCAAAGUUUCCAUCGCAACCGUUUGUGUAGGGGCUGGAUACUUGUGGUAUGAGUUUGUCUACAAGUUGGAAAAGUACACAUACAACAGAUAUCAUCCCUACACCUCAUGGAUACCAAUUACUAUCUACAUUUGCUUGCGGAACCUAACUCAGCAGUUUAGAAGCUAUUCACUCACUCUAUUGUCGUGGCUUGGAAAGAUAACAUUGGAAACCUACAUAUCACAGUUCCAUAUUUGGCUCAGAACUGGAGGGCCAGAUGAACAGCCAAGGAUGUUGCUUUCUCUAAUUCCUAAUUACCCUAUGCUCAACUUCAUGCUCACAUCUGCUAUUUACAUCACGGUUGCCCAUAGAAUCUUUCAAUUGACCAACAAACUCAAGAUGUUUUGCAUACCUAGUGGCGAUGACAAAAAUCUGAUUUACAAGAUCAUUGCAGCAAGCAUUGUCUGUAUCGCCUUAUACUGCUUGUCAUUGUUGUUGCUUAAGCUUCUGUGAAUCAUGGGCUUGCGAUCUUAAUAUGAAUCUGUUGUCGGCUUUGUUGGCAUAAAAUUAUGUAAAUAUUGAUCUACUAGAUGUGUAUUUUUUUUCUCUUUUGUGGCAUGUAACACUUAUAAUCUGUUAAAAUUCUGUUGUACUAUUCUAUCUUUUUGGUAAGAAUUUAAGCUCGUAUUUCCUUAAGAUAUGUUUGUAAUUGUGCUAAUCAAAAUUAUGUGCA